AUGUCUGUCGGUGUCUACGAUUCCAAAUCCCUCCAGCUUGGCUGCCCCAGCCUCUGGUUCUACUUUGCCCGCGAGCAAUUCCUUCCCAGCCGACCCAGUCUGCGCACCGGAUCACAACUCGCUGGCAAGACGGCCAUCAUCACGGGGAGUUCCACAGGACUCGGCAAGGAGGCUUGCACUUUGUUUCUCAACCUCAAAUUGUCACGUCUCAUUCUCGCAGUGCGCACUGUGAAAAAGGGCGAGGAUGUUGCUGCCGAGUUGCGCGUCAAAUUCCCCCAUGCGAAGAUCGAGGUUUGGGAGCUUGAGAUGUCAUCCUACGACUCCGUCCAGGCUUUUGCGAAGCGUGUAGACGCCGAACUCGACCAGUUGGAUGUGGCUGUCCUCAACGCUGCCCAGGCGUGUUUCGACUACGCUACCAGCAGCACAGGUCACGAGCGUGUCAUCCAGGUCAACUACCUCUCCACAUUCCUCCUCGCCAUUCUCUUGUCCCCCAUCAUCAAACGUAAACGCGCCCCCGAUUCCCCCGGUCGUAUCACCAUCGUCGGCUCUGGCGUUGCAUACUACUCCAAAUUCCCUAAUCGCAACAGCGUUCCAUUACUCCCUUCCUUCGACACCGACAAAGACUGGGACUUUGACGAGCGGUACAACGUCUCCAAGCUCCUGGGCCACAUGGCUAUCCUUAAGCUUGCGCACUAUAUCGAUCCCAAGGAUGUCAUUGUCAACGUCGUUAACCCAGGCUUCUGCAAAUCCGAUCUCGCCCGGGAGGCUUCGGGAAUGAUGUUCGUGAUGUUCACCCUCAUGAAAACCUUUGUGGGGCACUCUUCCGAGGUCGGUGCGUCGACCUACUUGGAUGCGGCGGUAUCCCAAGGGAAAGACUCGCAUGGAUGCUUCAUCUCUGGCUGGGCAAUCAAGCCGUUUGCGCCACCGUUGUACUCGCCAGAGUUCCGCCCCGUCGUAGACCGCCUGUGGGAUGAGACGUUGCAGGAGUUCGAAUUCGCCGGAGCCAAGCAGAUUCUGGAGCACAUGAGGGACUAG